UAGCAGACAUUAGAAAGGUAGCUAAACACUGCUAAGAGCCUUAUUAGGCGAUGUGUUCACUCACUACAUAUAAUUUUUCAGAGGCCCAUUUACGAUAAAGAAGGUAAAUAUACACUGGAAUAUUUCCGUAAGGGCCUUUUACAUAUUGACAAACGUUGAUAAUAACAUAUAUAUGCCUGUUUAUGGUGAAAAUAAGCGAUUUAUUUCAAGGUAGCAUAUUCACCCCAUAGGGUUCCACUAGAGUCAUCUGACGCUGGUCUCUAAUAUGGCGCCCAUGAUUUGAGUUGGCUACACUCUCUAAAUAUAGGGCACUACUUUCUGUACUUACGCUGUGAGUGAUCUAAACUGACUCUACUUGCAAGUAAACAAACUUUGAUAUAACUUCAGUGGUUUCUGUCCAUUCUUGAUAUUGUAAUUAUCCUAACCGCCUACUUUGCACGAUUUCAUGUGACAAAUAAAAUGCAUUGAUUUACUUUACGGUGUCAAUACAAUAGAAUAAUAAAACAAGGCACUGAGGCCACAUUCAUUUAGGUUCCUGCUCAUACGGCAAUUUUAAUGAGAGAGUGGACACACUAGUCAAAUGGCUGUUUAAAAAGGGUAAACAUGCAAAUUAGUCUCUCACAAACAGAACGGGAAUCAAAGAGAGGCUGUAGCACUGGGAUUAGGACAUAAGAGGGAGACACUAGACUAUGUACUUUAUAAAAGACUCUUAUGCACUGGACACACCUUACUGAGCUCGAUUUCCACAUCUUGCUUCAUUAGUUAAACUUUGUAAUUGUUGUAUUGUUUAUAUUUUGAUUGUUGUAACACGUAGCCUACUGUCUUAUUUAUAACUUGUAAUUUGUAAAACCUUAAUAAAGCUCUUUAAAAAAAAAAAAAAGAGGAGAGGAAAAUGACACUGGAAAUGCUUUGAAUGUAAAGAGGUGCGAGUGGGCAUCUGUAAAGCAUUGUGAUUGCUAGUUGUAGGACAUUUGUAGCAGAGAGAAAGAACAUGAUGGGAAAAAAAUAAAAAGAUUAGGGCAACAGGAGCCGAAGUAGAAAACAUACUGGAGGGAGGUGGAAGUGAACAAGGCAGAAGGUGUUGGUUCGGCUUCAAACUCUGACAUACCGGCGGUGUAGGAGCUAACUAAUUCCAGAGGAUGGCAGUAAUGUAACACUGAGGAUGCAAGCUGCCGGUAAACUCCAAACAAGAAGAAGCCGGUUUCCUCCAACAACAAUGGCGUCCUCCAUGACGGGAGACGGCGUGAGUGAAGCACAAACAGGGAAAAAAUCCCAAAAGACUAAAAGCCAAGUGGAUGAAUCUGAACUACUGGCUGUUCCUGAUGGAUGGAAAGAGCCGUCUUUCACCAAAGAUGACAACCCCCGUGGUCUUCUGGAGGAGAGCAGCUUUGCCACCCUCUUCCCCAAAUACAGAGAAGCCUACCUGAAGGAGUGCUGGCCACUUGUGGAGAAGGCUUUAGGAGAGUCAAACAUCAAAGCCACUCUGGACCUGAUAGAGGGAAGCAUCACAGUUUGCACCACUAAGAAAACGUAUGACCCUUACGCCAUCGUGAGAGCCAGAGAUCUCAUUAAGCUGCUGGCCAGGAGUGUCCCAUUCGAACAGGCGGUGCGGAUAUUACAGGAUGACAUGGCGUGUGACAUCAUCAAAAUCGGGACCCUGGUGAGGAACAGGGAGCGGUUUGUGAAGCGACGACAGCGGCUGAUUGGCCCCAAGGGCUCCACUCUAAAAGCAUUGGAGUUGUUGACCAACUGCUACGUGAUGGUGCAGGGCAACACGGUGUCGGCCCUGGGGCCCUUCAACGGUCUGAAGGAGGUACGCAAAGUGGUGAUGGACACAAUGAAGAACAUUCAUCCCAUCUACAACAUCAAGACACUGAUGAUCAAACGUGAGCUGUCCAAAGACCCCGACCUGAGGAUGCAGAGCUGGGAACGCUUCCUGCCCAAGUUCCGCCACAAGAACCUGGCCAAGCGCAGGGAGCCCAAGAAGAAGAGUGUGAAGAAGGAGUACACACCGUUCCCUCCAGCACAGCCGGAGAGCACGGUUGACAAGGAGCUGGCCACAGGAGAAUUCUUCUUGCGUGAAAGUGUUAAAAAGAGGAAGAAGAUGGAAGAGAUCAAAGUGAAACAAGCAGAGGCACUGACCAAGAAGCAGGAAGAGCGGAACAAAGCUUUCAUUCCUCCUAAAGAAAAGCCUUUAAUGAAGAAAACCACAAAAGCUCCUACAGAAGGCAAGCUGGACAUCGAAGCCAUUAAGGAGAAAGUGAAAAAAGCCAAAACCAAGAAACUGGGGGCUCCACCAGUGAACCCAGGUCCCCCCAACAGCAGCACCACUGGCAAAAAGAAAAAGAGCAAAACAAAAAACAAAGGCUAACCACAGACUUAGACCGUCAUAGUUGUAAUGUGUACUCCAUGAUAUGGUAUUUGUUGGACAGUCCUAUUGGACAGAUUAAGGACUCUGUCAGGAAGAUGGGACACCAGACAUACAGUGUGUGCUUGGAUCAAAAAUGAAUUCCAUCACAAACUCAUGGAUGUUUUUAUUGAACUUUUUUUUUUUUUGUGAGUAUUUCCUGUUCAUAAUACCUAGUACAAUCUUCUGUCUGGAGACCAAUUCUCAGUCAGUAUGGUCAGUAUUUAUACAUUUCAAAAGAUAUUGUUCUGUCCUUAAGGCUAAUGCGUGUCCAGGAGGAGGCCGACCCAAUCUGAUGGAAAUGUCAAAUUAAAGGAAGAUUUUUAACAACCUGGAUCUUAUAUCUGUAGGUUUGCCUUAAUUAUUUUUGAUCAUGAAAACAAACUUAAUAUAGAGGUGAAGUAUGGGUGGCUUGACUUAACAAUAUCUCUAGAUACAGGUUUAUAGCAAAGUCCACACUCCUUGGUGGUCAGAUUUAAAGUCCAGUCUAUCUAAAGCACUUCUUUGGAAGUAAAAAUAAAGGUCAGUGUUGGAUAUUCUAUUUUUACCUCCAAAGAGGUUAUGUUUUCGGUUGGGUUUGUCCAUUUGUUGGUUUGUCUGUCAACACGAUUGUGAAAGCACUACUGACCCGAUUUUCACCAAACUCAGUGGAAGGGUGUAUCACUGGCAAGUAAGACCCCAUUAUAUUUUGGAGCGGAUCCAAAUCACGGAGUGGGAACACAAAAUAUUUGUCACUUUAAUUAACAUCACAAAAUAGGUGCUGCAUUCAUGUGGUGUCGGCAUAAUGAGUUCCCGACUGGAGAAAUUCAAAUGCAUUGUGAAAUGGGGCAUGCCUUGGCGGAGGUCGGUGCUCUCGGAGUGCCGUUCUCGGAGAAUCAAUUGGUUUAUUUUUUUAACUUCUUUCAGUUUAUCAAGGACAUGUUAUUGCCUCAUAAAGUUGAUAUGGUGAACAUGUUAGCUAACGGCUGACUAUUUACUUGUUUGUAUCACUAGUCUGUUAGCUGGAAAUAUCUGUCUCUUUUUGCCCACCUAGUUGCUAACUCGAUUAGACCUCUGACCUUUAUGUGCAGAUCUUUCAGUACUUAAAAGCUGCCUAUAGACAAAAAAAAAUGAAAGGUUAAAUAAAACUUGCAUCUUCAUCGUAGCACUUCCUGAGUAGUCUGUGUUCUUAAGGUCACCACAGGUGGUCUAUUCGUAGCAGAAGACAUCGGGAUAAAAGUGGUGGACUGCAUACGCUGUGAUGAAGGUGAAGAUGAGGGCAGUGGGCCGGACAAUUAGAAUUGUCGCAUAGUUGGUGGCCAGAGCAGGGUCCCAAUCUGGGGUCCAGUUGUAACCUGAAAACAUGAAGUCAAACGGAGUGCUUUCAGUAUUUAUACCUAGCACAGCUUAAACUGAUAGAUCAUGGGGAAUAUGUUACGCACUUCUUCACUAACCCCACGUUUGAACCACAACUACUUUUUAAGCAAAGUUGGAUUGUAUCUCUGCUUUAAACUUUAUUUGUUGGCUUAUAUACUGUACUGUUACUUACUUUUCUGUGAAUCUCGUUCUUGGCUACCUGCAAAGACAUUAAAACAGAAAUGGUUGAAAUGCCUACUACGCUUGAGCAGAUAAAUUUUGCCCAAGCAUUUUCAUUCAUUUCAUAAGUUUUUGUAAAGUGGCUUGUUAAAUUCUCUGUCAGUAGCAAAGCUUCUAACAUGACGAAGCUCUUGAUUUUUUUUUUUGUCUUGGCUUCCUUAAGUUUGUAGUUAUAAACAGGUCUUAAAAUGAACUGUGACGAUCUCAGAUGA